UUACGAGCAUAUACAAUAAGUUUCUCUAACGCAUUUUCUCAACAACUUUUAUCAUACAGCGAGAAUGACGUUUCAUUCUUCUUGCAUUAUUACGUCGGCACGUGGCAGGUAUCUUGGCUGAACGUCAAAGUGACCGGAACAAGGUCGUCAGUGUAUCCAAGUCUACCUGUUAAAUUUCGGUGUGAUUCUCUCUACCUCGUUGAAGGGAACGAUGUGGAAGCGGUGGCAGUUCUAUUGGAUCCUGUUGUGCUUGUGUACGGAAGGGUCGACCCAAAGAACUGAACUCGACUCGCCCAUUAAUGUAAUGAAGCUACGUAAUAUUCGAAAUUGGAUUUUCGACAUCUUCGGUAGGACAGGCACAGAAGGUGGGAGAGACAUUCAAAUGGCGAGAAAUAAACAUACUAUGCAAGAAAUCGUUCCUGACAACGUCCCGUUUCCUUGUAACAUAACAGGUGGAAGGUCGCAAGAGGUGCCGGAUUCGAUACAUAAAUUAAGGCCAGGCGAUAUCGAUGUCAUUGCCGCUAUGGGUGACUCAUUAACGGCUGGGGCUGGAAUUUUUGCGCACAAUUUAUUACAGAUUUUCGUAGAAAAUAGAGGAGUUGGUGCACUUGGAGGAGGUCAAGGCACAUGGAGGCAGUAUCUAACUCUUCCAAAUAUAAUCAAGGAAUUCAAUCACAAUUUAAUAGGCUACGCAACUGGAGACUCGUUGACAACUCAUGAGGCAUCGCAUUUAAAUGUCGCCGAAUUGGGUGCUAUGUCAGAGGAUAUGCCUUAUAUGGCGGAAGUGCUGGUCAAGAGACUUAAAAACCAUCCGAAAAUAGACGUAAAGAAGCAUUGGAAGUUAAUCUCGUUUAUGAUUGGACAUAACGACUUUUGCAGCGACAUAUGUUGGGUUUCUUCUCCUUGGUCAAUUCUCGAAAAACAUAAAACAGAUUUACUUAAGGUUUUGAGAACAUUGAGAGAUAAUCUGCCACGGACAUUGGUAUCAUUAAUUCCGCCGGUACAUCUGAAAAGUUUGAUUGGCAACCAAAAUAUAGGAAGAAGGAGUUUUCCAAAAUGUUAUCUCACAACGAAUGUUGCAUGUUCUUGUUUGUUUGGCCUUAGAUUUCAGAGUUUCUUACCAAAAUAUUAUAACAUCAUGAGACGAUGGCAAGAGUUGGAUAUAGAAAUCUCUACUUACCCGGAAUUCCAAAAAGAUGAUUUUGCAGUCGUAGCUCAACCUCUGACAUUAGAUUUGCGCUUACCACUUACUUCGAAUGGAUAUAACGAUAUGACAUAUUUCAGCAACGAUUGUUUUCACAUUACACAAAAAGCUAACGCUCAACUUGCAAAUAGUUUGUGGAAUAACAUGUUGGAGCCGAUUGGCGUUAAAACGACAUAUUGGCAGAAUCUCUUUGAGAAGUUUCUUUGUCCGACACCGGAUAGGCCAUAUUUUGCAACAUUGAUAAAUUCGGGAAGACAUUUUCAAUGAAACUAGUUGUUAGACGGUUGAAGAAUAUUUAUAUUCAAGAUGAGAGAAAGAGGGCAGAUUGCAUUAUUCAAUAAUCGAUCAAUCAAUUAUAAUGCUUAUCAAUCAAAAUGGUUUAGGUGUAGUCAACAGAGUGCUAUUAUUAUUUAAGUAUAAUGGAAAUGUGUAAUGGAAUGCCGUAAAGCGCUUUCUCACUCUUUGUAGUGUAAAACCGUACAAAUAGAAAAUAAUAAUCCCUCAUGGGCCUGUUAAGGCUUUAUAGUUAAUUUGCAAAUCGAUUCAAAUACGCGAGUUGCAUAUUUAGUAUAAUUUUCAAGAAAUAAUUGUACAAAGCAGCGAUUUAUAAUUGUAUUAUUAAUGUCCGCAGAUGUACGCACGUAUUGUAUAAAGUGAUGCAAGAGAAUGUCAAUGUAAAAAAAGAUGAGGUUUGUCAUGAUACCGCCUAGUAGUGCUGUCAUUCUUACCCACAUACUUUUUCAACUUAUCGUAUAGAGAUACAAAAGAAUAGGUAUUUUGAAUAUGUUCAAGAUUCAUGUUCAUUGUAAAAGUAAAACUCAUUGACAAACUCGAAUUUCACCCGUUUCAUUUAUAUUUAAUGUUGUCACCUAACAAUGCGGAUGAAGUGAAUAUCUCUCGCAAUUUACGAGCCAAACGUUAAGUCUCUAACACUUCGCAAAACGCACUGUCAACGCAAUCUGUCAAGAUUGGUGAAAAUCUUGCGGUAGUUUAGCGCUUGGACGACUUAGUGGCUGUUGGAUGACUUAAUGAGGAUCUUGAAAUGUGCGAAGAAUGAUUUUUUAAAAGACUUUUUGAUGCAACAAUUAUAUUUUUACUGAAAUAAACUGAAAGAGUAAAACUGUAGUGCAAAACAUUUCGUUUAUGAUAGAAAGUUCUUCAGUUCUUUUGGUAACGAAUUUUACGGCGUCGUGCAAGUUGGUUUCCUCAAUGAUAAUAAUGCGGAAUUAAUCCAAUAAAUCAUUGAUCAACAAAUGUAUAUAAUGUAUA